AUAUCCUAACGUUUUGGCGCUACGAUUAAACUGACGUUUUACUUUCACCUUCCUCCAUGAAAACGUCACUUUCAAAUAUACACCUCUACCACAUUUCAAUUUUUUUAAAAGGAAAUAAGAACCUAUGAUUAUUAUAUAUAUGAAUUUCUGGUGAUUAGAAAAACUUUGCAUUUUGGAAUACAUAGGAGAUUCUGCAAAUGGAAGGAGAAAUGGAUGAUUUCAGUGUUGAAUGUUUGGAUGAAUUGCAAGAAUUUGACUGGGAAUACGAGUAUGAUGCAGCGUUUUUCUAUGAUUUCUCUAUCCCGGAGUCACCUUUUCAGGCUGCACAAGCCCAACGUUGGUUUGAAACUGCAGGCAACUAUCCGCCUUCUCCUCUCGUUGCAAAGUUAAAUCUGGUGAAGGAGACCGCAGCAGCAGAAUGUUCACUUGGUCCCUCCAGGUUACGAGAAGAACAAACUGCAAAAUCAAGCAGCAGUAACUCCUCAAAUAUACACACCGGUUCUGUUGUUUCAUCCUAUAAAUCGAAAAUUGAAGAACCAUUAUCCAUCGAUCGAAUGGCUUAUGAAAGUCCUAAAGCUAAGAUAAACUCAGAGACCGGAUCUUUCAAACCUAGAGUUUCAACUUUAAUGAAUCCCACUGCUAGUCAUUUGGCUAAACUAAGGUCCCAGAAACCACCAAACAAGGCCGAUGAGAGAAGCUCAUGGAAUUCUUCAGUAUCUUUUAAUUUUGCUACCAAAAGACAAAAGCUAGAGAGUGGUUAUCUGCGUAAGGUCACUAUUCCUAAAGAUCCUCAACUGGAAACCAUGCAGAGAGCGCUAAGACGAAGGUGUAAGAAUGAUUCAGAGUCAAGUGAAAAUGCAAAAGCUAAAGGCCAACCUUCAAAGCCUCAACCCUUAAACACAAAAAUUCUCAAAGCUCCUGUAUUACCUCCUCAUCCAAAGUCCACAUUGAGAUCAACGGAGUUUCAUGUUUUUAAGUUGAAGACUAUGGAGAGGGCCUCGAGAAAUUCAUCUGCUAAUUUGUCAAGCAGCCAAAACGCGGAGUCUGCGGUACUUAGCACUUCUGUGGAUUUUAAAAGACCAAACACUCAGAAUGCUGUGAAGCAGGGGAAUUCUGUAACAUCGAUUAAAUCAAAAGCUUUAAGAUGCAACAAGAUCUUCCCUAGUAGCGAAGAUACUAGAAUAUGUGAAAACAUUGGAGAAAGAAGUAUAACCUCAAUGGAUUGUAAUUCUAUAGUCGAUAGGACGCUUCCAAUGCAUCCACCAGUAGAACUGUUUAAUAAGCUGUCCCUUAGAUCUGAAAGAGAAAGUAGUGUAGUAUCUGAUCAGCCAAAAAUCUAUGCAUCUUGAAAGAUGCAUCUGAAGUUUUUUAAAAAAGGAAUGUAUUCUUGUACCUGCUGCAUUCGGAAGCCAAAUCAGUGUGCGCCACAAGGGGCACCGCACACCAAGGAUUGGAUACUAGUCCAGCAUGAAAAGGUACAUGGAAUACUAUAAGAAGAAUGUAUGAUCACAAUUGUAUUUCUUCAAGUUGUUUCAUUGAAGUAGAAAAUAUAUAGAAUUUCUAAGAUUAAGAAAACCUGUUUUCUUGGAUAUUGAAACAAGACGAGUCUAAAUGGAACGAAAUGUAUAGUGAUGAUUAAUAGUCGAUUCCAACUUACUUUGGAUCGAGGUUUAUUUAGUUGUUGUUGUUGUUGCUGCUUGAUCAGAUAAAUGGAAAUUGGAAACGAA